GACACUAAUCAAAGGCACAUUUUAGCUAAGACCAGACAUCACACAUUCAUUAUGUUGGAAGAAGAAACACCGAUAGAUACACCCGAGGGUCACAACGGUACACACACAUUCGAUCGUGCCUCACGUCGAUUGAGUUUUGGAUCUGUACAGACACACAAAUCAAGAACGCGUAGCAUACUGGAUUGGAUAAUCCAUCACAAACUCAAGCUGUUUGCAGCAUCUGUGUGGGUUGUUAUAAUCAUAGCCUUCUUCGUCGCCAUUAGAAAGUCAGACCAAAGUGUGGGUGAGCUCAUUUUCAAUUCACUCACAACCGUAGGCGCAAGCAAGUGGGGGUCGCUAGUUUUUGUUGUACUGUAUGUGGCGCGGCUGAUUCUGUUUAUUCCGGGAACUGCCCUUACAAUACUUGGAGGCUUCCUAUUUGGUGCCUGGAAGGGUCUGUUACUUGUCUUAAUCGGUGCCAAUUUAUCAGCAACCUGCGCGUACUAUAUCGGGUCGUAUUUCGGGAAUGAUCUGUUCGACAACGGCGCACGUUCACACGACGUUGUUUCGGAAAGUUCAAACCAAUCGGGUCAAGACGCUGAUAAUUCGGCAGACAAUGACUCCUUUCUACUUGCUGGAGGGGGUGAUUCGUCAACAAGCACCAUACACAAAUACACACAUCGAUUACGACAGAAUGCUUUUGAGACUGUGCUGAUCAUGCGUUUGAUUUUUCUGCCUUUUGAUCUGGUGUCGUAUUUGGCCGGGUUUCUCCGUGUGGGCCUGUGGCCGUUUAUCUUGGCUACGGCGAUAGGGAUUCUUCCUGGAGCCCUGUCUUUCAUUCUGCUGGGUGCGAGUAGUACGCCUGAAGAGAUGAAACAGUUUGUGGUGCAUGGUCACCUCCCGAAACUGGAUUGGCGAGCUUUGGCAGGUUCUGUAGCUAUGUUGGUAAUAUCACUGUUAGUAAGCCGUGUGCUCAAGAGCCGGCGUGAUAGCAGCUGAUUGUCUUCCACUGAAGCUUCUAACCACAGAGUCAUAACAAAUUCAGAGCAGUUUAUGAAUAUGUUAUUUCUUGUCAUAUACACUCUUGUUCUAGGAGGCAUCUGGAAGCAGAGAACAUUUUCAAACGACCCAACCCCUUCCACUGGAUGUGCUAUUCGCCGAAACGUGGCUUAUAGAGGUGGGAGAUUUCACUUUGUAUCCCCUAUUUUACAGUAGACCAGAAAUGCGACGCCGGGAUAUAUUCCAGAUGUAGGCUUGCUAGUUCUUUUCUAGCCUGUCUCUUAGAUCAAGGAGUUGAGUUACAUCGCUGCGACGUUCAAGCUUUUCCUAUCUUCUUCGGUAUCUCAUCCCGAACCUGGCCUCAGAUUGACGUGAUUGAUGCACUGAGGGCGACCGACAGAAAUGGCAUCGGGAUUUAUGACACAGAGUAAUUCUGCGCGCAUUCAUACAACAACCUACCCAUAAUAGAUGGGGUCGCUUUUGGUAUCACUGACUAACGCCUAUCACAUCUAAGGUCAGCUUUAGCAUGUGAAUCCAUCGCGAGAUAAACUAAGCGAGGUAUGCUUCACAGCUCUAGAUGACGGAACUUUAAUUAGGCUCAAUCAUCGCCUUCAUGUUGGUUGUCAGCUUCGCAUAUAUGCUGAGUACAUGAGAAAUAUUUACAGCUUGUCUGUGAACGACAUAGUGCAUCGCACGCUUUGACUCCAAACCUACGGACAUGCAACCCCUGUGCUAGGUCUUUAUGACAUGUUAGCUAGAAUAAAUAUAAACGUCCGAUAAUGCGAUGCUGUAUAUAAAACUUACGACUGGUUAUAAAUUAUGCUUCCUGUUGCCUAUUUACUUAUCUGUAUUGGGUGGUGACAGUGUCUGCACAACACCGGUAUAACCUUAUAUACUAGUGACU